UGAGGUGCCCUAGUACUGAACUACCGGUACUAGCGGUCGCUUUGCUUUGUCUUCCCACUUUUAACUGAAACCAGAGCUAAGCAGAGGUAACGCUUUUCGUUCUUUCGUUUACGUUUCGCGCCGUUGCUGCACACGUACCUUGUUGGAACUCGAGAAGGGAGUGUCACCUCAAUGGCUUCUACUAAAAUCCGAGAUUACGAAGACUUCGUUAAGGUUCACGCUAUCCUACUCGCAGCUUCAGGAAUUCCUCCGUCCCUGCAUUUCCAGCUAUUUCAGAAGCUCUCUUCAGAGACCUUCGAUGGUGGAAGCUUCUUUCAGGUCGAGCCCUGCGAGGACGGUCGGCAGAGGCGACUCAUCCUCACUUCAGACUCCAUGGAGAAGGAGUCGCAGAUUUUCCUAGUCGAUCAUGCCUGGACAUUUCGCCUCCCGGAUGCUAGAAAACAGCUGCAGGAUAUCCCUGGGUUAGCUCAGCGAAUGGCUUCACUGAUGUGUGUAGAUGUUGAUUUGGUUUCUGAUUCUGAUGAUGCAAACCUUGAGCGAGACGGAAAUGAUACGCGAGGAAAUGUUGUGGAAAUACUGGAAAGCGAAAUUCAUAAAGCCAAAGAGAAAGGUGCUGAAUCUGUAUUGUGGUUAGAGCUUGAGGAACUUGGCAUAGAUGAUGCCAUGCUGCUGUCUCUGGAUUUAUCUAGUAAAUUUCCUAAUCUUCUAGCACUUAGCCUGCACGGGAACAAGCUCCAGAAUGCAGAAACAGUUGUGCAAGAAGUCACAAAAUUUAAGGACCUAAGAGCUCUGUGGCUGAAUGAGAACCCAGUUCUCAAAAACUGUGAUGAUCACAUGAGAAAUGCAAUUAUCCAAGGAGUUCCAAGGUUGGAAAUUUUCAACUCGUGUUUUACCAGUAAAUUUGGUCAGUGGGCAUUUGGUUUUUGUGGAGGAAUAUUUGGAAAGGAUAAUCCAGGCUGCUUUGAUAACACUGCACAUGCAUUGGAGAGCCUGACCUCUCUUGAUUUAUCAAAUAGAUGCAUCCACAGUUUGUUCAAUAAGGCAUUCUCUGCUACUGAAAUGCCAUCUCUCUCAUACUUGAAUCUUCGGGGAAAUCCACUGGAGCAGAAUUCUGUUAAUGACUUACUAAAACUUUUGAAAGAAUUUACUUGUUUACAAGCAUUGGAGGUGGAUAUUCCUGGUCCUCUUGGAGGCGAUGCACUUGAAAUUCUUCAAUCUCUUCCUAAUCUUUCUCAGUUGAAUGGUGUUAAUGCAUCAAAAAUUAUAGAGGCUGGAAAGCAUGUAAUAGAUUCAAUGCUUCUGCCACGUAUCCCUGAAUGGACUGCUAAUGAACCUCUAGUUGAUCGGGUUAUUAAUGCUAUGUGGUUAUAUUUGAUGACAUAUAGACUAGCAGACGAGGAAAAGAUCGAUGAAACAUCUGUGUGGUAUGUGAUGGAUGAACUAGGUUCAGCUUUGCGCCAUAGUGAUGAACCAAACUUCAGGGUGUCUCCAUUUCUCUACAUGCCAGAAGGGAAUUUGGCAUCAGCAGUGAGCUUUUCUAUCUUAUGGCCAAUCCAGAAUGUUCAUAGAGGUGAUGAAUGUACCCGUGAUUUUUUGCUUGGUAUUGGAGAGGACAAGCAACGAUCUGCCAGGCUUACCGCUUGGUUCCAUACACCAAUAAACUAUUUCAUCCAGGUAUAUGAAAAAUACUUCCAGCAACUUUGUUCAAAAGCUACUUCCUUUACGUGCACGAAGGGGUCCCCUGCCAGAAGUUUAUUUCGAAAUGAUGGUUCUGUUCUCCGUGUUUAUACGGAUAUACCUCAAGUGGAGGAAUUCUUGACACGCCCUGAAUUCUCACUCACAUCUGAUCCAAAAGAAGCAGAUAUCAUUUGGACAAGCAUGCAAGUGGAUGAGGAAAUGAAAAAAACUACUGGAAUCACAGAAAAUCAAUACAUAAACCAAUUUCCUUAUGAAGCUUGUCUUGUCAUGAAACAUCAUCUGGCAGAUACACUUCAGAAGGCACAUGGUCGUCCUGAAUGGUUCCAACUUACUUAUAGUCUAGAAACACAUCUAUCUGAAUUGAUUGGUGACUACUAUGUACGCAGAAGAGAUGGGCUUGACAAUCUGUGGAUUUUAAAACCAUGGAACAUGGCACGGACUAUUGAUACAACUGUUACUAGUGAUUUAUCUGCUAUCAUACGACUUAUGGAAACUGGUCCAAAAAUAUGUCAGAGAUAUAUUGAGCAUCCUGCUCUGUUCAGAGGGAAGAAGUUCGACCUCCGUUACAUAGUUUUGGUUCGUAGCAUGAAACCUAUGGAGAUAUUUCUCUCUGAUGUUUUCUGGGUUAGACUAGCAAAUAAUACAUAUUCUUUGGACAAGGCCAGCCUUUUUGAAUAUGAAACUCAUUUUACAGUUAUGAACUACAUUGGAAGACUGAACCACAUGAGCACACCAGAAUUUGUAAUGGAGUUUGAGGAGGAACACCAUGUUAAAUGGCUGGAUAUCCAUAAUAGGGUCCGAAAUAUGAUCCAAACUGUGUUUGAAUCAGCUGCAGAAGUCCAUCCAGAAAUGCAUAGUUCAACAUCUAGAGCCAUGUAUGGGGUGGAUGUGAUGCUGGAUAGCUCUUUCCAGCCAAAGUUAUUGGAGGUUACCUACUGCCCUGAUUGCACAAGAGCAUGCAAAUACGAUACAAAAGCAGUAAUCGGAAGUGGUGGUGUAAUCAAAGGUCGGGAUUUUUUCAAUCAUGUCUUCGGUUGUCUCUUCCUAAAUGAAACCACUCAUGUAACCCAAAUAUAACAAGCCUUAUGCGGGAAGGAAAAUAUUGUACAAUCUGCAAGGUAUGUAAUUUAGAUAUUAAAUUUUCAGCUGUAUAAUUGAGUCUUUUUUUGCCUUGGAGGAUAAGUGUUAUUAGCUUUUUCUUUAGGGCAUCAAUUUUGCUCUUGAAGUACAUCUCCACCCAACACCCAACAUGAGAAACCAAGCAGGAUUUUGAUUAUGUGGAUAGUAGUUGUUAUUGAUUUUUAAUAUACAUACAUAUUUGUUAUGAGGUAACUACCUCCAAUGAAAAGUAUGAUUAUUGGAAUUAAUCAUAUGAUUCUUAAGUGAAAACGCAUCACUUAAACUAAUAUAUUCUGAUUUUGAAUUUGAA